AUGAAUACUUGUGCUUGUAACUACAAAUUAAUUAAUAUACUUACUUUGAAUUCAAAGUAUUACCAAAAUACAUUUUUGUCUUCUCACCAUAUUUGGUCAAAGUAUCAACAUGCAAUUCUGCGACGAUCAGUUUUCAAUGAUUCUGUUAGAACUGAAAAAAGCCGUUUAAAAAAACUCCUAAUAAAAUCUUUAAAAAUUGCUUCAAUGGCGUUUGGUGUAUCAUUAAUAGCAUUUGGAGGAUAUUCUCUAGUGUUUGAAGAUGACGAAUUAGUUCAAAAARGAAACAAAAAUAUUCCACUCAUUAUUAAAAUCUAUGAACGGAUAUGUUUUAGAAUAGAAUUUUAUCAUAAGAUGUUUACAAUUCCUGCAACCAAUAAAUUAUUACCUGAUUCAUUACCAGAUUAUUAUGAUAAACCUCAAUAUACACUUGUAUUAGAGAUUACUGAUCUUCUUGUACAUCCAGAAUGGAGUUACAGUACAGGUUGGAGGUUUAAAAAAAGACCAAAUGUUGAUUAUUUUUUGGAAAGAGUUGGAAAGAUUUUUGAAGUUGUUGUUUACACUGCUGAAAAUGGUUAUAUUGCGUCUCCAAUAUUAGAUGAAAUUGAUCCUAAAGGUUGGAUUCAGUAUCGCUUAUCUCGUCAAUGUACUGAAUUUCGAAAUGGUCAAUUAGUAAAAAAUAUUGAAAGAAUUAAUCGUGAUUUGUCAAAAGUCAUUGUAAUAGAUUGGAAUACAAGUUGGACACAACUUCAUCCUUACAACACUCUUAUUAUACCUAGAUGGAAUGGUGAUGAAAAUGACAACUCGCUUAUUGACCUUGCAGACUUUUUAAAAGUGGUAUUUGCUAAUGAAGAAAAAGAUGUAAGAGAGAUCUUAAAUGAUUACAAACAAUUUGAUGAUCCUAUAAAGGCAUUCCGGGAGAAUCAAAGAAUAUUAAAGAAAAAAAACAAGGAUGUUGAUGAAGAAAAAGAACAGGAAAUAAAUAAAGUUGAAGAUAAUAAUAAUUCAUGGUUUUCAUGGAUACCGUGGAUUUAUUGAAUAUAGAAACACACAAUACUAUUUUUUUUACAUAAUGUAUAUUUUAUGUGUAUAUUAAUAAGCAUGUUGUAUACUUAAUACCAUUUGAAUUUUAAUGAUUGAAUAGAAAUCAAAAA